CGUCACAUGGUUGCCAUAUUUGCGUUUCAAAACAAUGUAAUCGCUAUGCUCGCAACGCCGAAAUACCACAGGGCCUCAAAGAAAUCGUCCAGGAAAGUCUGCGAAAAUAUCUAAAUGAAAUGAUUUACUCGGCAGGAAAAUAUACAUGAAGUCAAAAUAUCGUAAAGUAUGCUCAUAUCAUUAAUAAAUAUUGCUAUGUCGUUUGAAAAGAAAUGCCAGCAAGAUUUGAAUACAGAAUAAAGUGAUGAGAGACACAGUUUUUCAUUGCUUUCAUUUGAACAGAAUAUGACCUCAAAUGCGAUUGACUCAUUCUUUGACUCUGAUGGAGAUCAAGAAGAACCUUUUACCUUGAAAGGAGAAUACCAUCGGGGCGUCACCCCGCCCUCGCAAUUUUCAAACUCGCCCCAUGACGACAAACCCGACUCUGGGAGCAGAAAAAACGAAAAAGCCUCGCCCCAUCACUCCAGAUCCUCCACUUCUGGCAAUUUCACAGGAGAAUCGGACACCAUGUCGAACAAGAGAGAUUCAUCUGGGUCGUAUUAUGACCGCUCAAGGUCGAGGUCAAGGUCAACUUCGCCUAGUUACAGAAGGUCAAGAUCAAGGACGCCUGACUAUUCAGACUCGUUUGACUCUGAGGAUUCCAUGCAGGAUUCAAGAAGAGCAUCCCCGGUGAGAAAUAAAAAAUCAACUCGGAGAACUACUGCAUCUACUAGCCGGUACAGCUCAGGGACCAGCAAGGAUAGUAGAUCAACUUAUCGGUCAUAUGGAAGCAGCUAUACAACCAGAACAACCAAACCUAGUGUAAAGAAAGGUGCUCCAAAGAAGAAAGGUGCAGGAAGAUCACAAAGUGUGACUGGCUUACAGCAAUCUCCAAGGAGCACAGAGGUGACAAGAAGAAUGCUAUCUGCCAAAGGACACACCAUCAACAAACUACGGAGUGACUUUGAUGAUUUACGGCGAAAAUAUGACGAUGCCAUCAGGGAAAAUAAGUUGAUGAAACAACUGCAAAGACGCCAAGAGGCGGCCCUUGCAAAGUUUGAGGACAAAGAUGAGGAACUGCCUCAAUUGCUGCGAAGUCAUGCAGCGGAAGUGGACAAUCUUCGAGAGAGGCUACGGAGGACACAGGACAGGGAGAAGGAUAAGGAUAGGAGAUUGAAGGACAAGAAUGAAGAGCUGAAUAGGUUGAAUGAUGAAGUGAAGAAACUUAGACACUUAGCCGAGAACAAGCAUCUCCUUGACAGGGAUAAGCUGCAGAGGAAAGUUGACAAGCUUCAUGAUAACUUGGAUGAGAAGGAAAGAAGAGUAACUGAGCUUGAAAAACACAUUGAGAACGUCAAGAAGAAUGUAAAGCAUGACAGUGAGCAGUGGAAGCAACGUGAACGGGAGUACAGAGCCAGAGUUUCCUACCUUGAAGACGAAAACCAAACUAUCAAAUUCCAACUCAAAGAGAAAGAAAAAGAGCUUGAAAUCAGGAACAUUUACAGUAACCGUGUGAUGAAACCUCCCGCAAAGCUCAACGCCACCCUCGACUCAUCUCCAAGGCCGCUUGCGCAGACACGAGCCACCUCAAAUGAUGACAUCAAGAACUCCAAACCAAAGCCAACCAUCAAGAGGUCAUCAUCGGCAGAGGAAAAGCGAAAGGUGGACCAUACACCAAGGGCGCCCGAACCGGAAGUGAAGCAAGAAGAAAAGAAGGUGUCGCCAAGGAAAGAGAAGAAAAAGGAGAAGGAACUCUCAGAGCAUGAAAAGAUCUUGAUGGAUCUGGAUGGGGGUUUCAAACCUGCUCCGCCCAAGGCUGGGAAGGACGAUGAUAUCCUCAAAGAUUUAGACAACGAGAUAAAGAAGAGGGAAAGGCAGGAGGAGGAAAAGAGGAGGGCAGAGGAGAGGAGGAAGAGAGAAAAGGAGGAGGAAGAAAAGAGGCGGAAAGCUGAAGAAGAAGAAAGGAGGAGACGGUUAGAGCAAGAAGAGGAAGAAAGGAAGAAGAAAGAAGAAGAGGAACGGAAGGGUCAGCUAAGCUUCUUUUCGGGUCCUAAAAAUCCUUAUCAAUCUUCCAAGACCAAGGCAAAAACCUCUGCUUACGAGCCUUAUUUCCCAUCAAACAAUAAGAGCAAUGCCAACACCUCUAAGGCCCCGGGAUCAAACUCUUCCAAUGAAACGGGGUCGUACAAGCCCUCUUUUGCCAACUCCUCUAAGCCUCGGGUCAUAGACCCUCCCAAAGAAAUAGACUCUUACAAGCCGUCGUUCUUGCCAUCGACUAGCACACCUCCAAAGAGGGCGGAAGAAGCAAAAAGGGAAGUUGGUCGGGGUGGGAGGUUGGGAAGACAAGAAGAAAAGAAGCCAUUUUGGUUGAGGACUGAUGAGAGAAAGGACAGUCCAAGAAGAACAAGGGAUAUUUCACUGGAGAGAGAAAGAAAACAGAAAGAAGAAGCACUUGUCAAAUCUUCCACUUUCAUCACCGAGGACAACCCUCCCAAAACGCCUAUCUUUGAUGACGCCUCUUCUGAUGAGGAAGAUAACAUUCCUUUCUUUGACUCCAAGCCUAAGAAUGCCCCACCCUCCAAACCUAAGGGUGCCCCACCCUCCAAGCCCAGUAAUUCUGUGGCAGCAGUCAAUAGCGUCAGAGACCUGCACAAGUACUCCAGUAAUGUUCGGCAGAAUAGCGGCAGUAGCAAGCCAGACUCAAGAGAGAGUGGCGAUAAUAAUGAGAGAAAACGAGAGGAAGAAGAACUGGCUGCACAGAGGAAGAAGCAGAAGGAGGAGUCUGAGAGGCUUGCCGAGGAACGUAGAAAGAAGGACCUCCUCCUUGCCAAGAUGAAAGAGAUUGAUAACAAGCCGGAAUCAAGGGGCAGCAAGAAAGAAUACAAAUUCACCCAGCCAAUAGAGAAUCUACACAACGGUAAGCCUUCCCAUCCAGAUCUUUUGGGAUCCCCUCAAUCAACACCAAAGAAAAAACCUGCAGCGGACUCCGACACUUCGUUUGGAGGUUACGCCCCUUCCUUCGGGCGCCGUGCUGCAGCGGGGGAUAAACCACCCAUCAAGAAAGGCGGGUUGUUUGAAGACGAUGACGACGACAGCGACGAUAUCUUUGCAAUGCCGAAACAGAAGCAGGCGGAUAAAUCCAAGGACUUGAUGUCUAAUCUUUUUUCGGACAAUAAAUCAACCACACCAAACAAAGGCAGAAAUUCUUUCGAGGGAUCUAUCUUCUCAACGUCGACAAAGGCGAAGCCGGUUGCAGACAGCACCACGUUGCCAUGGGAGAAGAAGACGCAACAGGGCAGUCUCUUUAAUCAAUCGAACAAACCAAACGGCUUGACCGUCAACGUGCCAAAGUCCAGUUUUGAUGACUUUGACGACGAUAUCGAGGAAGUGAUUUUAUGAUGAGGUCAUGAAAGAGACUAAUGCAGAGAAAUUACUUCAUCAAUCUGUCUGUAUGCAAUCGAAAACAACUCAUUUUAGUUUGUUUGCAGCAGUGUAGCAUGGACUUUUCCUGUAAUGAUAAGAAUUGAUAUUCUGACAUUUUUUAACAUUCCAUGCUAUUAAUUGCCUUUGCACUUUGAAAGCUUAUAUGUAGAGGCACAAGUUGGUCAGCCACUCCAAAUCAUAUCCAAAAAGUAUUUUUUGUUUAAUAUUCAUGAAGCUUUGCGAUCCAAAAAGCAAAACUUUGAAAGAGAACAGUAUUGAUUAUAAGUCCGCUUCAAGUACUCUCUUUGAUUUGCUAUUGUUUCCUACUUUAAGCAGUCACAGUAUCAUUAUACAUAUUAAGCAACUAAUUGGAGAACCUUACAUUUUUUAUAAAUACGUUUAUACUGGCUAUGACUGGGAUAAAUAUCUUUCCUUUAAUACUUACAAUUAUUUAAAUUUCAAGAGAUUUAUUUUUCAGUACUGUACAUGUAUGUGACAUGUGUCUAAAAAUGUUAAAAUGAGAAAAUGUGAUAAAUUUAAAUGAGAGAAGAAAUUUUAUAAUAUAUUUUGAGCAGACAAGGCUGAAAUUGUAUGUGCCUAGACUCUAUACUGAAAUCAUGUGUAUAAACUUUUUAGAAACAAAACAAAAAUUAUAUUGCCAUGGUUACGAAUGCAUUUGUAAAUGCUUUAUUUUGCAUGUAUACCUGUACUUACAUGUAUAUACAAUGUACGAGAGAUUUCCACUGUUACAUACACAAGUUUGUACCUGUUUUUUUAUUGAACAUAUAAGACUGAAUUGAUUUGGACAGGUAGGUUUGAUCAAGUACUUCAUUAUGAAAUCCUGUGAAGGAAUAACAUUUAUCCGGACACGGUGUUACAUGUACAUGUGUCUUUUUCCUUUGAUGACUUCAUAGGAUCAGUAUGUGUAGUUCUCCUCAUUAGUGAUAACAUCUGCUGCAAACUUUCAUCAAAAGUGAUGGGAAAUAUUUCAUGUUUAAUUCAAAUGAGUGUCAACAUGGAGAUUAAAUGGGAAUAUAGGAUAUGAAAAAAAAUAAACAUAGCCUAGGAGAAUCACUCAAUUUGAAUGUGAAAAUGGUGGAACUACACUUCAAAAAUAUAAUGGAAUCACAUUGUAUAUUGUGUUAUAUGAGCAUAGUAACAUCAACGUUUGUAGAUUUACACAUUUUAUGGUAGAAGAUUGAUAUGAUGUUCUAUUGUCAGUCUUAAAUCUACAUUGGAAAUGAAUGGACCAUGUGACUUGUAGAUAUGUGAGACUCCUAUGAGAUGGAAAUGCACAUUCAUAAUUGAAAUUCAAGUGGUAAGAACCAUUUAGUUAGUAGCUAAUCUAUUGCAAAGUGACUUUUGUAGACAAAAGAAAUGAAACCAAUAUGUACUCAUGAACACAACAUUCCAGUAAGAUGAAUCUCAAUGGUUUUGUUCAUGCAAUUCUCCGAUUGGAAUGAUGUAUGUGUAAUCUAAAAAAAAUGUAUUCAGCUUUCUUGUACAUCAGUACUUAAUCAUGUAAGGCGAACAUAUUGAUUUGUACGCAUUCCUGUUUUCAAUAUUGAGUGUUAUAAUAUAUUUUGAUUGGAAAUCCUGAUCUAACUCUACCAACACUCCUCCCCCACCCCCCCCCCCAUCCUUCC